ACUGUUCCCCCAAGUGUUUGAAACUACCCGGAGGAUCUCCACGCUGGGAUCAAGUAAUGCGACACGGACAUUUUCACUCCUAAACGGACUGCCAUCUGAAUAUUUCAUAUCGGAUUUCUUGUUUGUUGCGCUGAUUGUUUUUUUUAUCCUUUUCGAGCUACAUUUUUUGGUUUGAAGUUUCUGCUGGAUGCUUGUAGGGCGGUUUUGCGGUGCGUUGUCCUGAGGAUAAUCUUCUCGCAAGGUAUAAAUGCGUUUUGUGUAGCCAGUUAAUGGACUUAUUCCGAGAAUCUGAAGUAAACAGUCGGAGAUAAAAUGUUAAAUACAGCCAGCUGGGAUCCACUGCAGGUGACUAACUAUGUAGCUGAAUAUCUGGACUUGGUCGAAUCGCUGCCGUUCGACCUACAAAGAAACGUGUCUCUGAUGAGAGAGAUCGACUCGAAAUAUCAAGAGAUCCUCAAAGAGCUAGAUGAAGCAUACCAGAAGCACAGGCAGGAGGAGGACCCUGUCCAGCGGCGCCGCCUUUUGCACUGCAUCCAGCGCGCACUGAUCCGCAGCCAGGAAUUGGGAGAUGAGAAGAUCCAGCUUGCUGGACAGAUGGUGGAGUUGGUGGAGAACCGCAGCCGGCAGGUGGAUGCUUUCACCGAGCUUCUGGAAGCCCAGCACGAGCCCCAUGACGUGACCUCUGUGACAGCCGUCAUCCCUGGCAAGAGGCGUGAGGAGGAAAAACGCAGAGAAGAGACCCCGGGUUCGGUCGAAAGGAUGGCAAGUGCCAGCAAGCGCUCGAGGCGGCAGAAGAACAACAGCAAUGAGAACCGGGAGAUGAUUCAUAAUGACCGUGAUGAAGUGACCAGAGAGAAACGGGCCAAGACGUCGAAGAAGAAGAAGAGAUCCAAAGCAAAGCAGGAGAGGGAGGCUUCACCAGCAGACCUGCCCAUCGAUCCCAAUGAGCCCACGUACUGUCUCUGCGAGCAGGUUUCCUAUGGGGAGAUGAUCGGCUGCGACAAUGAUGAGUGUCCUAUUGAGUGGUUCCAUUUCUCCUGCGUUGGCCUCAACCAUAAGCCCAAGGGGAAGUGGUAUUGCCCAAAGUGCAGGGGUGACACAGAAAAAACCAUGGACAAAGCCUUGGAGAAAUCCAAAAAGGAGAGGGCAUAUAACAGGUAGCCACAUACCUGUUGAACUAUCAACCAUGAACCAUGUGUUGAACUGUCAACAUUUCUAUUUAUUUUAUAUAUUUGUUUAAUGCUAGGAAUAAUUUCUUUGUCAAUUUGUCACCUCAAUCUACAUUUUAGAAAUUAUUUACUACCAAACAGCACUAAAAGAGCUUAAACUCGAACCUCCUGAGUUUAAGUUUUCUAAAUGUGGCAGUGAUGUUCUCAAAGAAGUAUUUGACCUUCAUUUCUUUUGUUGUUACUUGAACAGUAUGAGUGACAGAAGUAUUUUAUGAAGGUGCUCACAGCAUGUGGUUAUUAUGUGUUAAGUGUUUAAGUAGAAAUGUCCUAAUUGGUAAUAAAACAUGUAUAAAAAUC